CAUUAAACCUUAACAGAAUACCGUAAAAUACAGUAAACCCCAUUUUCUUUCUUUCAACUCUCUCUCUCUCUCUCUCUCUCAUCGCUUCCCUUUCAAUCUUUUCUAAACCCCCUUUCUAUAGCUCACCAAAAAUCCCCAAUCUCUCAAUCGAUUCGUUCUUACAAACUCAAUUCGCAGCAGCUGAAAUCCAUCUUCAAUAAACGACCUCUUUUUCUGUAAAUUUUCGUGGUUUUCUCACUCGUCUUUUCUCCCUCUUUUUUUUUCCUUGUUUGAUUCUGCUUUUCGAAUUGGGAUUUUUUGCAUAUAUUAAUCUAAUCCCAAUUUGUCGAUUGGAGCAAUAUUCUCGAGUUUGGAGGUGGUUCGUCGAAUUCCUGACGAUUGUCGUGUUUUGGGUCUCGAUUUGAUUUUCGGGCCCCGCGGCAGGUUUGCCAGCGUCAUCGUCGGGAGCCUUUGAUUGUGUUGACUUUCAGUCAGUAUCUCUUUUGUUCUUCAUUUUUUCGACGGUGAGCAUGGGAAUCGUGGGAAUGCGGAUUGGGGUUUUAGAUUUAUCGAUUCUUGAGUAGAAAUCUUUUCAAUUUCGGGCCAAGGUUUUUGGGUUUUCUGUUGUGGCGAUUUCCAUUUUUUCCUUUUCAUUGUGACUUUUGUUUUAUGCUGUUGGAUACUCAAAUUGGAAGUUCUGUCGAAGCGGAAGUGUUGAAAUUUGAGGUCGUUGGAGAAUUGGGCUUUAUAGGUAAAUGCUCGUUUGUUGGAGAAUUGAGGACUUUGGUUUGUUUCGAAUGAUCAUUCUGCAAAUCUCCAUUUGAGAGAACUGGAAGGUUUACGCUGUUUUCUAGAAAGAGAUUGUCCGAGGGUGCUCUCUCACAAGAGGGAGAGAAGCGUUCCGGACAGAACGGGUUUGACACGGGUGAGUUCUUUGCAUGGGCGAUCAUGAAGGCUGGGCACUGCCGAAUGGCCUCUUGCCCAACGAAGUGGCCGGUGUGACCAGGGUCCUUGACGCGGAGAGAUGGUCCAAAGCUGAGGAGAGAACUGCAGAGCUGAUAGCUUGCAUCCAGCCCAACCAGCCUUCCGAAGAGCGGAGGAAUGCAGUCGCAUAUUACGUGCAGCAUCUUAUCAUGAAGUGCUUCUCCUGUCAGGUGUUCACUUUUGGGUCUGUGCCUCUUAAGACCUAUCUACCUGAUGGGGACAUCGACCUGACAGCUUUCAGCAAGAAUCAAAAUCUGAAGGAUACAUGGGCACAGGAAGUUCGUGAUGUGCUUGAGAUGGAAGAGAAGAGUGAGAAUGCUGAAUUCCGUGUCAAAGAAGUUCAGUACAUUCAGGCUGAAGUUAAGAUAAUAAAAUGUCUUGUUGAAAACAUUGUGGUAGACAUAUCUUGUAACCAGCUUGGUGGGCUGUGCACCCUUUGUUUCCUUGAGGAGGUUGACCAUUUGAUAAAUCAAAAUCAUUUAUUUAAGCGCAGCAUCAUAUUGAUUAAGGCCUGGUGUUACUACGAGAGCCGUAUAUUGGGAGCUCAUCAUGGACUUAUUUCUACUUAUGCUUUGGAGACAUUGGUCCUAUACAUAUUUCAUGUAUUUAACAAUUCCUUCGCUGGACCACUUGAGGUCCUUUAUCGCUUUCUGGAAUUUUUCAGCAACUUCGAUUGGGACAACUUUUGUGUUAGCGUAUGGGGCCCUGUCCCUAUUAGUUCACUUCCAGAUACGACAGCUGAACCACCUCGAAGGGAUAGUGGAGGGUUAUUGCUUAGCAAACUCUUUCUUGAUGCAUGUAGCUCAGUAUAUGCAGUUUUCCCUGGUGGCCAAGAAAAUCAAGGUCAACCCUUUGUGUCUAAGCAUUUCAAUGUUAUUGAUCCUUUACGUACAAACAACAACCUUGGGCGUAGUGUCAGUAAAGGUAAUUUCUUUAGGAUACGCAGUGCCUUUGCGUUUGGAGCUAAAAGGUUAGCCAGGUUACUUGAAUGCCCGAAAGAGAAUCUAAUUGCUGAAGUAAAUCAGUUCUUCAUGAAUACAUGGGAGAGACAUGGCAGCGGUCAUCGCCCUGAUGCUCCUAGUCCUGAUUUAUGGCCCUCACAACCUUUGAACCCAGAUCCCUUCCAUGGCUCUGAGAAUUUCAGGAACCAUUUGUCCAUGAAGAAAAAAGGUGACCAUGUUGGAUUAUCAGCUGGUCAUGAAUCUCAGGCUGAGGGAGCUCUUGCUUUCCAUGGCAUCUCCUCAUAUCCCAUUAAAACCAUAAACCAUCACCCAGAGAACAUGUCUAGGACCACUAACGUGCCUGUGGUUUCUCGUACUCAGAGCCAUAGAGGUUAUACCAACCAAACAAGCUCGAGAAUGUCUGAUAAGAUUGUGAGGCAUGUAAGCUCCAGUGAAGCUACACAUGCUGAAAAGGAACAGAAUAUUUCUCAGCCAGAUAAAUUGGUCAGUGAACAUGAAGGGCAGGGCCGAUACCUCUUUGCAAGGACUCAGUCUAGUCCUGAGCUUACAGACACAUCUCGUGAGGUUACAUCUCGAGGUCGGCAUAACAGGGCCCCUGAAACAGGUAAGAACCAGUUUGUGGCCACAAGACCAGAACAUGUCAGCAGAAGGAAGGUCUCGGGUGGAUCUGAGGUUUCAGCCAGUCAUAGCACAAGAUCAUCAAUUGAUGAUCCGUCAUCGCUGGGGCAUAGCCCAUCCCAUCAGAGCCUUGAUGCUACUGUUGCUGCUGACUCUAACAGCGUUUCGAAUAGUUACCACGACGACCUUGGCUCGGGUGGUGUAAUGGGGGAAGACCGUGCUUCUGUCUCCGGGACGAUUGAAAUGUACCAGGAAGAGCAAAAUCUUGUCAACAUGAUGGCAUCUUCCAGGGUUCCUAACUUCAACGGACAGGUUCAGUUGCCGUUGAAUUUGGCUUCUGCUCAUCUACCUCUUCCGAUAUCACCUUCUGUUCUAGCAUCAAUGGGUUAUGCUCAAAGAAAUUUGGCAGGAAUGGUCCCUGCAAAUAUUCCCUUGAUAGAGCCUCCGUGGGGAUCGAACAUGCAUUUUCCCCAAGGUUUUGUUUCUUCUCCAUUAUCCCAUUACCUUCCUACAGUUGGGUUUCCGUCGAAUCCUGAAGGAAUGUUUGAAUCCGGUAAUGAGAACUCAAGCCUGACAGAUACGAACCAAGAGGAUGGAGAUGGUUUCUGGUAUGAACAGGAUGCUGCUUCUUCCAGAGGGUUUGAUCCCGACAAUGGGAGUUUUCAGAUGCUGCAGUCUGAAGACAAACCACAGUCUAAUUCUGGUGAGUUAAACCGCAUUUCUUCACGGGCUAGCAAUUCUGGGAGUUCUUUAGUGAGAGUUCAACAGAAGUUUGUUAAAGAGAACAGGCUACGGAGUGAUGAUCAGGGUGAUGCUUUCCAAUACCAAUACAACAGGAGCGAUGUUUACUCCACAGACCGGAAUGCCAACUCGAGAUAUUUACCAGUGGCACAAGCUAGUUCUUCAAGAAGCAAAUCGGCUUCUGAAAGUUCUUGGGAUGGGUCAUCUACAAAAAGCUCCAAGUCAGCAAGGGAUAAGAAGGGGAGAAAAGCAGCUCCCUCCACAGUUGCUUCUAGUUAUGGGAAAACCCAGAGCAUGUGGCACUAUGAGGGAGCAUUGUCUGAUCGUGCUUCUUCUCAAGCGGAUGAUGACAACAGAGACUGGAUUCCUCUUUCAACCAUGGGUACUGAAAUGGUUGAAAAAAGCACGGGACCCACAUCUGUGGCCCUGCCACAUGUGCAGACACAUCAAUUAUCUGGCCACAUAAGUGGUUCAGAUUCAAUGAUGCCCAUUGGUCCGAUGCUCAUGGGUUCUGGUUCACAUCAGAGGGUAGUUGAUAAUUCUGGGGUGGUACCCUUUGCAUUUUUUCCAACAGGACCGCCCGUUCCAUUCUUAACCAUGCUUCCUGUCUAUAAUUUCCCACCCGAGACAGGAAGCUCUGAAGGAUCAACCAGCCAGUUUGAUAGGGAUGAUGGAUCAGAUAACAGCCGUGUUAAUCGGUCCGAUCAGAACUUCGAUUCUGCGGAGAGCCUUGAUCAAUCCCCAACUUAUGCAGAUUCAAGUUCUAUCAGAAGUGCCUCGAUGGAGCCUUCUGAGGAACAGCAUAAAUCUGACAUUCUUAACAGUGACUUUGCCACCCAUUGGCAGAAUCUGCAAUAUGGGAGGUUGUGCCAAAACUCACGGUCCCAUGCCCCCUUCAUUUAUCCUUCGUCUGUUGCGGUGCCACGAGUGUAUUUGCAAGGUCAUUUCCCUUGGGACGGUCCCGGCAGACCUCUUUCCGCCAACACCAAUCUUGUCACUCAGCUCAUGAGUUAUGGCCCUCGCCUUGUUCCUGUCGCACCUCUCCAGCCUCGUUCUAGUCGGCCUGCUGGUGUUUAUCAGCGUUAUGGAGACGAGUUUCCUAGAUCUCGUGGUGGAACCGGAACUUAUUUGCCAAAUCCUAAGGUUUCUUUCAGAGAUCGACAAUCUUCGAGUACCAGAAACCACAGAGGAAAUCACAGGUAUGACAGGAAUGACCACACAGACAGAGAAGGGAACUGGAAUAUUGAAUCAAAAUCGAGAGCUGCAGGACGCAGCCAUGGGCGCAACCAAGUUGAGAAACCAAGCUCGAGGCCUGACCGACUGACAGCAACUGACAACCGCUCUGACAGGUGGUGGGAUUCAUAUAGGCACGAACCAUUUACCUCGUACCAGGCCCAGAAUGGUCCAUUGAAUUCUUCCACUUCUAUGCACAGCUCGGCCAACAUGGCGUAUGGCAUGUAUCCUGUGAGCUCAAAUGGUGUUACUCCUGGACCAGCUGUUCCUUCUGUUGUCAUGCUAUAUUCAUAUGAUCACAACUCUGGCUAUGGUUCACCCUCAGAGCAGCUUGAGUUUGGCUCUCUUGGACCGGUGCAUUUAUCAGGUGUUAAUGAACCGCUAUCACAGCUUGGCGAUGGAGGUUCGAUAAGAAGUAUGUAUGCGCAGAGGCACAGUACAUACCAAGGAGGGUCUCCUGUAUGCUCAUCACCGGAUCAGCCCUCUUCUCCCCAAUGCCAAAGGGGGAUUUGAUUAUUUUGCCAGAUCGGCUGCCCAAAAGAAUUAUCAGUUGAAAGAAAAUGAUUUCCCACCUCUAUCAUUUUGACGAAACCGAGGUAAUAGCAGUGGGGGUGAGAAUGACUAUAACAGCGAACCUCCCCAUUACCAGACUGCCUACUUCUUCGCCCCUCACUCUUAAAAUGGAUAACAACCUUUUUCUCUGUUCUGCUCUCUGUAUAUUUUUCCUCAAGUGAAUGGCAUCCUUCCACACUAACGUACGUAGGUGUUUGUCUGUGUACACUACGACAUCCAAUUCUUAACCUAACCCAUUUUACAAGGGCAUUGUGGAGCGGAGGGAUGGUGGGCGGGCAUGAAGAGGUGGAGAAAGGGUCUCUCUUUGCCUUAGUUUUUAGGGUUUUUAGUUUUU